CAGCUUUGCUUCGCUUCUCAGCGAAGCCUUCGCUUCAGUCUCAGCGCGGGAAAAUGCUCAAGUUUGAAUUUUAACAAUCCUUUCAAGAAAUAUCAGAGGGGCAGAUCGAGUGAUAAUUUCUGCAGGAAUCCUGAAUGAAGGAAGACAUAAUAAGCUUCGAUGAUCUUCAUCUCAGGUUUUCUACUUUUCUUGUAUCUGCGUCUCCAUUAAUGAAGUUCACCGUUGAAUCUGGUUUCAUCUUUUUAGCCAGAAUGUGAACAGUUUUCGUGGAUAAUAUUGGAGAUGAGGAGUUCCAUCUGUUGAAGAUCGAAUUUAUGUUAUGAACCAGUUCUAUUUUCGAUUUCAGGAAUCCUGAAUGAAGGAAGAAAUAAGCUUCGAUGAUCUUCGUUUUUAGGUUGAGGAGUUCCAUCUGUUGAAGAUCGAAUUUAUGUUAUGAACCAGUUCUAUUUUCGAUUUCAGGAAUCCUGAAUGAAGGAAGAAAUAAGCUUCGAUGAUCUUCGUUUUUAGGUUGAGGAGUUCCAUCUGUUGAAGAUCGAAUUUAUGUUAUGAACCAGUUCUAUUUUCGAUUUCAGGAAUCCUGAAUGAAGGAAGAAAUAAGCUUCGAUGAUCUUCGUUUUUAGGUUUUCUACUUUUCUUGCAUCCACUGAAUUUGUUAUUUGUAUUUUUGUUCUCCUAUCAUUUGAAUAUAAUGUUGGGAAUCAGUUCGAUUCUGGACUUGUAGGAUCCUGAAUGAAGGAAGAAAGCUUGGUGAUCUUCGUCUCCAUUAGCGAAGUUCGCCUUGUGACUUGUGCGAGACAUUGAAUCUGGUUGCUAUUUCUAGCCAGAAUUUGGAUAGUUUUUGUGCAUAAAAAUUGGAGAUGAAGAGUCCCAUCGGGUGAAUCACUGUUUGGGAUUUUUAUGUGUCGACGCAAGAAAACCUUGUCCACACAAGAAACUGAACUUACCAACCUAGCUCUAUCCCUCUCUCCAAAGAAGCUUGAGGCCGUGGUUGUGCCACGUACAUCGCCUGGAAUAAAGAGGAAACCAUUGGAGCGAAAAUAACGAAGACUUUCUGGCAUAUUUUCCUCGAAGGUAGAAGAGAUUUGUGUGUUUUUUGAUGUGUGUGAGGGAAGCCAAAAUAAAAGUUGGGAUUUUGUGAGGCUGACACGAGCCCUGUUGGUGAAGCUUGAAAGCAAUCCAAGCUCUGAUUGUUUGUGUGGGUCUCUUCUCAAGCCAGUAACAGGAGAUCACCUCAAGCCUUAAGGAGAUGAUUGUGUUUGAUUUCUGAAACUGAAGUCGGUGGACUGGUGUGGUUUUCUUUUGCCUGGAGAAAUCUAAGGUUGAGAUGUUGUUGGUUGUGAUUCUCAAGUGUGAGUUUUUUCAGUUCAAAAUGGUGAUUUUAGAAAUGAGAGUUUGUGUCAGAUGUCGAAGCUUUAUUCAGUUACUUCAUGGCGGCGUUUCCUCUGGCAUUGGAGCUGCCAUAGGUUGAUAGUGAUGGAGGGUUCGUCGGAGUCUCGUUGGGAGAAGUCUGAUAGUUCUAGGGGAUUAAAUGCUUGUGUCGUGUCCAGUGGGAGUCUUGGGUUAGUUCACACUAACAGGUUUGGCGUCGCAGGUGAUGAGAAAGAGACAGAUUGGGUUGGUUCUCCUGGUGUCUAUGUAGAUGCGGAGGCUGCGGGAGAUGUUGGUUAUCAUGCAUUAGGACGGGGUGAUGUUAGCUUGAGACAAUGGUUGGAUAAACCAGACCGAUCUGUUGACAUCUCAGAAUGCUUACAUAUCUUCAAGCAGAUUGUGGAUACUGUGAACCUGGCACAUAAGCAAGGUGUUGUUGUUCGUAAUGUGUGCCCAUCUUGCUUCGUCAUUUCCUCAUUCAACAACAUCUCCUUCAUUGAGUCUGCUUCAUGUUCCAGCUCAGGUUCUGAUUCAUACGGCAAUGCCCUGAACAACCAAACUCUAGGGGGACUGAACUGCUCUUCACCUUCACCCCAGGACUUGCCUUGUCGUGGAGGCAGGAUCGCUGCUUUCCCUAGGGUAUCGGAAACCAGUUGUUUGCCGUCAGGUUCAGCGUAUCUGACACGUCUAUCAUCAAUAGAAAAUAUAGAAGGAAAUAAAAUAGAAGGUACUAGGAAAUUUGAAGAUGCAGAAGAAAAUAGGAAGACCUUCCCACUAAAGCAGAUAUUGCUUAUGGAGGCCAACUGGUACACUAGUCCUGAAGAAGAUGCUGGGGCUUCAAGUUCUUUUUCGUCGGAUAUUUAUCAACUGGGGACUCUUCUUUUUGAGUUAUUCUGUCCGUUUGGCUCGAUGGAAGAAAAGAUCAGAACAAUGUCCAAUCUCCGACAUCGAGUUCUACCCCCUCAGUUGCUGUUGAAAUGGCCAAAAGAAGCUUCCUUUUGUCUUUGGUUAUUGCACCCUCAGCCAAGUACUAGGCCGAAUAUGAGUGACCUUUUACAAAGUGAGUUCCUCAAUGAACCAAGGGAUGAUUUGGAAGAACAUCAAGCAGCUAUAAGUCUCAGAGAGCAAAUUAAAGAACAGGACUUGGUAUUGGAAUUCCUGUUGCAGAUGCAACAAAGAAAACAAGAAGCUGUUGAUAAAUUGCGCCAUACCAUUUUCUGUCUAUCUUCUGAUAUUGAAGAAGUUCUAAAGCAGCAAAGCAUCCUGAAGAAAAAGGGGGACUUGUACGCCAAACCAAACAAGGAUGAUAAUUCAGCGUUGGAAAUGGUAGUUCACCCAUCACUGAAUCUUUCCAGAGAUGAGGGGCCAGCUGCUCUGGGUUCCAGGAAACAUUUCAGACCAGGGUUUCAGGUUUCUGAUGAAGAGGAACUUAAUGAGAACCAAGGUGCUGCUCAGAUGCCAGAAUACCUUGAAGCUAUACUAUCCAAAAAUUCUCGAUUGAUGAAGAACUUUAAAAAACUGGAGGCUGCUUUUCCACAUAAUAGAUGCUCACCAAUGAGUAGUGGUGGAAAGGGAUCAAUUGUUGUAACUGAAGGAAGCUCUGUUGAUAAUCAAGGUUCGAAGGAUGGUUUUGGUGAAGAUCGAAAAAGUGGAUGGAUAAAUCCAUUCCUUGAGGGUUUGUGCAAGUAUCUAUCAUUCAGCAAGUUAAAAGUUAGGGCAAACCUGAAGCAAGGGGACCUGCUAAAUUCUUCCAACCUUGUGUGCUCUUUGAGUUUUGAUCGUGACGGAGAAUUCUUCGCUACAGCUGGUGUAAAUAAGAAAAUUAAAAUUUUUGAAAGUGACAUGAUUCUAAAUGAAGACCAUGACAUUCAUUAUCCUGUUAUUGAGAUGGCUAGUAGAUCAAAACUUGGCAGUAUAUGUUGGAAUCGUUAUAUCAAAAGCCAGAUUGCUUCAAGUGAUUUUGAUGGUAUUGUGCAGGUUUGGGAUGUUACAAGAGGUCAAGUAUUUAUGGAAAUGAGGGAGCAUGAGAAACGUGUAUGGUCUGUAGACUUUUCUUUAGCAGAUCCGACAAAGUUGGCCAGUGGAAGUGAUGAUGGUUCUGUUAAGCUAUGGAAUAUUAAUCAGAGAGGAAGUGCCAGUACCAUUAAAGCAAAGGCCAACAUCUGCAGUGUUCAGUUCCCUCCCAAUUCUGCACAUUCGGUUGCAAUAGGUACUGCAGAUCAUAAUAUCUAUUACUAUGAUCUUCGAAGCAUAAGAGUCCCUCUGUACACAUUAGUUGGUCACAGAAAGACUGUGAGCUAUGUGAAAUUUGUAGAUUCGACCACUCUUGUUUCUGCAUCCACUGAUAACACACUGAAGCUUUGGGAUUUAUCAACAUGCAUGUCUCGGGUGCUAGACAGUCCACUCCAAACCUUCACAGGGCAUACAAAUAUGAAGAAUUUUGUGGGCCUUUCUGUAUCUGAUGGGUACAUUGCGACAGGCUCAGAAACAAAUGAGGUUUUCAUCUACCACAAAGCUUUCCCAAUGCCAGUGUUAUCAUUCAAAUUUGGCAGUAAGGACCCAUUGUUUGGCCAUGAAGUUGAUGAUGCCACCCAAUUCAUAUCCUCUGUGUGUUGGCGUGGUCAGACCUCCACACUUGUUGCAGCCAAUUCCACUGGUAAUAUCAAACUGUUGGAGAUGGUCUGAUUUGUUUUCUAUGGGAAAUUCUUAAUGUCCCAACAAAGAAGAGAUUAAAAAAAAAAAAAAAGACUCAGAUGUCGAGGAGUUCCUGAAUUGAAGGAUAAAACGUAAAGAAGGAGCUUUGAAUCGGAGUCCUUGUAACUAGGAUUCAGGCAGCAAUUUAGAAGGUAUGAUGGAGAGACCAAAUGAUACCACUUUCUAUCACAUUUUGGCAUUUGAUCUCUACUGUAAGCAUUAUGGCUGUUGAGAGGAAAGAAGGGGAGGGUGCUACAUUUUAACUAGUGACUGUUGAAAGUAGGAUAGAAUGGGGAAAGAAAUGAAAGAGGAAGAGAUUGUAUAUGUAUAUCAAGUGAUGCUUGUGUAAUCACCAUAGUUAUAAUAAUAAUUUGAGGUGAUUUUCUAAUGCA